AUGCUGGUGCUGUUGGGGCUGGUGCUGUGCCUUGUGUCUGCAGGUGCCCUGACCACCUUCCCCCCAAAGUUUCAGGUGGGGGAACUGAAUGGGGACGUGGUGGUGACAUGCAACACGUCGGUGCAGCGCGUGAGCUGGACGCAGAACGGGGAGCCCGAGCCCAUGGCCGAGGUGGUGGCCGAGGGCCAGACCCUCACCAUCCUCGGCCUGGACCUGCCGGCUGCCGGCAACUACAGCUGCUGGGCUGGCUCCGUCCUGCUGGACAGCACCUACGUGGUGGUCAGCGGCACCGGCAAGGAGAGGAUGAACGUGUCCUGCCAGGCUGAGUCCUACCGCGGCUCCUUCCACUGCUCCUGGAUGGGACCCCAUUCCGCCAUCUUCCGCGCCCGCCUCACGCGCAGCGACGGCUCCUUGGGGCAGUGGGUGCCGGCAGCCGGGCGCUGGGGCCGGUUCAGCGCCAGCCUGGCCGAUCCAUCCUUCUGCCCCUUCGCCGAGGAGCUGCGCCCCAUGGAGCUGCAGCUGGAGGGGCUCUCGGACACCUCCUACCUCAACUUCUCCUUCCACUUCUUCGUCCGCGACAUCGUGCGGCCGGACCCGCCGCGGGAGCUGACCGUGCAGCGGCGAGGGGAGCAGCUCCACCUCACCUGGGCCCCCCCCGCCUCCUGGCCGCUCCCCAAGUCCUACUUCGCUCUGCUCUACCGGCUGCAGUAUGAGCUCCGCAACGGCACGCAGGUUGACAGGUACGUGGAGGGCACGGAGGAGCUGCGGCUGCAGGGGCGGGUGCGGCGGGUGCGCAUCAGUUGCCAGGACCCCUAUGCCAACCCCGCCUGGAGCCCCUGGAGCAGCUGGCAGGAUGUCGGCGCAGCUCGGCAGCCCCGGCUCCGAGCGCGGUGACCUCGCACACGGACACCCCUUCUCCCCGCGCACCACUCCCACCCGCUGCACCCCUGCGUGCGCAGGGACGCCGUGGCCAUGGCCCCCCGGGGCUGGGGCUACAGCACAGCAUCCCCCAGGUGCAGCUGCCAUGGGCACCCGACACCAACCUUCCCCUGCCCCUGCACGGUUUGGAAUGGAUUGUUAACCAUUAAAGAGCUGGGCUUGGCGUUAGCACAGCCUCAGUCACUUUUUGUGUGGUGGGGGGUGCUGGUCCCUUGGUCCCCGCGUUCUGGCCAGGCACCCGCAGGCAGGUCUGCUUCCUGCCCUCCUGCUCAAGGUGCCCAAAUGGUGCCGGUCCCACAGAGUCACAGGCUUGCAUGGGUCCCCGCUGCCCCACAGCUGCCUGAGGGGCCCCC